UUUUUUUGUGUGAAAUUUGUUUUUAAUUUGUUUGUUUUUUAGGCUGGUUCCAUGGAAACAACAGUAGUGCGGCUAAAACAUUGCUUUUCAGCGCAAAGUAAUGCAUCUCCUUGAAAAUGUUGACACUUGUACUAAAAUGGGUGUUAAAUUUUGUUUUUAUUCGUAUUUGCUAACUUCCGUGUCGUUUCGUGACGUCACCCAAAACGUGACUGUUAGCUUGUGCUUGAGUGGCUAACGUCAACUUUCUGUAGUAGCAUUAGCAUGUUUGAAAUAAACGUCUUAAAACGUCUGAGUCGUCGCCCCGAAGCUCAGUUUCUCUUCCAGGGCUGACAAUGACAUCACCUUUGUUUUUUGGACACACUGUUAGGAUGGACUGAAAAGUUUUAACUGAGAACGUAUGCCAGCAAAGAAAGCCGUUCCGAUAUUCACAGAAGUCACAUCCCGGAACCGAACCAAAAUAAAAGCAGGCGUGACGUCGUUGAAUGUUCUCGUUGCGAAAAAGUGCCCAAAAAUAACAACAAAAUCGCGUCAUUAAAUGUAAACCCGACUACUGUAUCGCUCGUCCACUCGAAGCAACAAUGUCACGCAAAUUGGACAACAACGGCUUGCCGUUCUUGCCGGGGUUUUCUUUCCAGGAUGUAACGAAAACAGCCUUUCAUCGCCCUCAGACUUUGUCCUAUUCCAAGGGCCUGGCAUUGGCCCGCCCGCCCCGGUUGGGCAUCGGACUGGAACCUCUAUUAACAGAGCAGAUGAUGCACGAAGAGCUCAGCGGCAUGGCCGGUGACAUGCCGGACUUCACUUACGGCUCCUUUGACACCAAGUACAUUAAAGACUUGGUUAAUUUGUCCUACCACGCCGCUCCUGCGCCCACUCACCCAGAUCCUCAGCCCUUUAUCCCAGCUUAUGUCACUCUCGACAAGAAGGUGCUUUGCUUCAAAGCGUACUUUGAGGAGGAAAUGAUCAACAGUCGUGAUGAGAAGAGAUGCGUCCGUCAUGUGGUUAUUUACUACUACCUUGAGGACGACAGCAUGAGCAUCUCUGAGCCCUGGGUGCCCAAUUCCGGGAUACUGCAGGGUCAACGGAUCAAACGCCAAUGUCUGCCUAAGAGGGAACCGGGGAAGUAUUACCACUGGAAAGACCUCAACCUCGGCAUUGACUUGGAAGUGUACGGUGUGAAGUACCACAUCGCCCAGUGUGAUGCCUUUACCAAGGAUUUUAUGCAGCGUCAGGGCAUCAUUCUGAACGCGCCGGAGGAAAUGCCAGUGGAUUCUUAUCUCCAGGGGCGGGAGAAACCUCCGCCGACUUGCACGACGCGCUCCGAAUUUGACAGCAGGUACCAGUUUCUCCACAUGGAUCGCAAGGUGCUGCGUUUCUUCGCCCUGUGGGAUGAUUCGGAGUCUGAGCUUGGCGAAACCUUGCCCGUUACCAUCCACUACUUCCUGGUGAAUGACACGGUGGAGAUCAGGGAGGACCACAAGCCCAACAGCGGCCGCUUUCCUUUUCCGGUUCUGAUGCAGCGACUGCGGAUACCGAAGAAAAUGAAGCCCGGUCACGACCAGUUCCCGAGCUGCGUCAUGGAGGAUUCGGUCGAGGAAGUGGAAGAGUUCUUCUCUCCGAAAGACUUCCAGGUGGGAAAAAUGAUGAUAAUCCUGGGACGCCGUUUCCUCCUGUACGACUGCGAUGACUUCACCAAAGACUACUACCACGCAAACCACCCUGAGAUCAAUAUCAAAAGCAUCGAAGUACCCAGGAAAAUGGGCAAGUUUGAGGGCAUGAAAAAGGAGAUUCCUCCCUACAAUGGCUUCGGAUCGCUCGAAGAUUCCCUCCAGAGUUGUUUAUCUCUCCUCCCCGCACCCCCCAGAAAGAAUGUGUUGAAGAUGCUGGAGAACGAGCACAAAGUGUUGCGCUACAGCGCCCGACUGGUCACUCCCAAGGACGCGUCCGAGUCCCAGAGACGCAAAGAUGCAGAUCGUCUUUUCAUUCUGUCCUAUUACCUGUCCAAUGACACCAUCUGUAUUUACGAGAAUCCCAAAAACAACUCCGGUUUCAGGGGCGGGGUGUUCCUGAAAAGGACACGCGUUCCCAAGCCGGACACUUCGGUGGACAAUCCCGACUUUUACUCACCGUCGGAUUUCUCCAUCGGAUCAAUUCUGGACGUUUUCGGCCACCGCUUCGUCCUGACAGACGCCGACCUUUACGUCCUCAAUUACAUGGAGAACAACCCCGGCCAGAUUCCCUUGGAGACACUUGAAACCAUACGCCAGAAGCUGCGCUCCGGAACCAAUCAGACGGCGGAACAAAAUGGCAAAACAAACCAGACGGCAGGACAAAAUGAGCCGCCCUCAUGAUGUCACGUCCCCUUCGUGCUUAGGACCAGGACUCAAGAGCCUGCGGGGUGCUUCGUAACAAAAUACACUGCUUUUUGGAGAACUGUUUGACAGAUUUAUGGAUAAAGGAGUAUCAGAGCCGCACUGAGAACCAGAGACUCCAAUAAGUUGUCUUACACGUUGGUGUAAGACUCACCCAUUUAAAAUAGUAUUAUCCAAACACUGACUCGUCCUUCAUCAUAGCGUCACUUGUCAUAAGUUAUGACAUUGUUUGAUCAUGAUGGCCUUUUUUUUUUUUCCUUAAAGCUUUUCAGUGCUCAUCAGAGCAUCUGUGAUAUGAAGUACCACAUUAGAAGUAAUGUUUGCCUACAUUUUAUUUGCCAAAUUUUUCAGGGGCCCAAGGCUUUGAUCUAAAUAACUUGACAUUGCAGCCAGAAAUUAAAUGUUGCACAUCUUGUACAUGUACGGUUUGUAUAGAGAUUAUCGCUAUAUAUAUUUUUGGAGGAGGGCAAGAAACAUAAAAAUCUAUUGAAAAUGG